CGAGCAAUUUUGGCACCAACUCUUGAAGUUGUAGACGAAGUUAAUGCGUACAUGACCAACUUGAAUGUUGCCGAGUGUAGGACCUAUUUUAGUUCUGAUUCGAUCUGCCCCACUGAGAGUACCUCUGAUGUUGUGGCUGGGUUACACACUCCGGAGUUAUUUAACGGGCUAAAAUGUUCUGGGUUACCAAAUCAUUGCUUAACAUUGAAGAUUGGGUCUCCUGCUAUGUUGUUGCGAAAUAUUGACCCUUCAGCUGGGUUGUGUAAUGGUACACGGUUAAUUAUUACAAGAUUAGCAGACCACGUUGUUGAAGCAAAGCUCUUAUUUGGCAAUGCAGCAGGCUCCAAAGUUCUGAUCCCGCGUCUGUCCCUAACACCAUCUGACAGUACAUUGCCCUUCAAAUUUCAAAGGAGGCAGUUCCCGCUUAUGCUGUCCUAUGCAAUGACAAUAAAUAAAAGUCAAGGACAAACGCUUUCUACUGUUGGCCUACUUCUAAGAAAACCUGUUUUUGUACAUGGCCAGCUAUAUGUUGCAUUGUCUAGAGUCAGUUCACCAAGAGGGCUUAAAUUACUCAUUUGCAACGAAGAUGGAAAGUGUGCUUCUUCAACGAUGAAUGUUGUGUACAAAGAAGUGUUUAAUAAUUUAUAA